AUGGACCUCCUCCUAACUGUCCGCCUCCCACCUGGCGACCCCCGGGCCUCACAAUGCAGGUCGGCGGUGCAGCUGUCGGCGUGCCGCGGCAAGCUGAUGGAUCUGAAGCCACGCCGCGCGCUGGGCCCGCUGUCCGACUGGACCGUGCCGCAGCGCUGGUUUGGCCACUUUUAUGCGCUGGGCGCGGCGUGGAAUGCCACAGUGGCUUACCUGUUGCUGGGAUCGCCCUACUAUGCGGCGCUGCCGGCGGCGCAGCGCAGCACGUGCGCCCUGGCCUUGGGCCUGCUGCAGCUGCACCUCACACGCCGCCUGGUGGAGACGGUUGGCCUCAUGGCCUACCCGCCCUCCGCACGCAUGCAUGGCAUUGCCUACCUGUUUGGCAUGAGCUACUACUUCCUUGUCUCGCUCUCCAUCCUGCCGCCAUCAGCCUACCCGCCGCUGUGGACCCAUGCGGCCGCCCUGCUGCACGGUCGGCGCACCGGGCUGCCGCCCGUGCAGCUGGGGUUGGUGGCGGGCCGGCUCACAGCGGUGCAGCUGGCAGGCGCGGCCAUCUUCCUGGCCGGCAACAUUCUGCAGUGGCACUCGCACUGGCUGCUGGCGCGGCUGGCGGGCAAGGGCAGGCGGGGCGGCUACAAGAUACCCCGAGGCGGCGGCUUUGAGCUGGUGUCGUGCCCGCACUACCUGGGGGAGGUGGUCAUCUAUGCGGGGCUGGUGCUGGUGCAGGCCUGGUGUCGCGCCACCACCUGGCUCAUGCUGCUGUGGGUGGUCACCAACCUGUCCCUGGCGGCAGACAUGACGCACCGCUGGUACCACGACCACUUCAAGACCUAUCCUGCAUCCCGCAGGGCGCUGUUCCCCUUCCUCUACUGA